AUGAGUUCCACGCGAACGUUGAUAUUAUUUGCCUGCGCCGUGGUGGUAGUGUGGCCGGCUCGCUUCACCCAAGCUCAAUCGAACUAUGCCUCGCACGCGAACAGCAUCGAGUACCAGGGCGAAGGUCUUCCGGAGGAAGCCACCCUAGAUGGGAAGGUUACGAAGCUGGACGACCUGAGCAACAUUAUCUUCCUCAAUCGAACGAGAGCCUCCCUGAACUGCGCCGCCGGCUACAUGCAGGUGGAGAUGAAGUUCAACGAGCCGUUCUUCGGCAAGGCGUACGCCGACUACGACCGCAACAGUGCGUGCCAGACGAGCGGCAAGGGUGACCUGAGCUACCGGAUCGAUCUGCCGCUGAAAGGAUGCGGCACGAAGCAGGGACCCCAGCGUGUCUUUACCAACAACAUUGUAGUCCGGUUUCAUCCGGGCCUGGAGAUGGACGGCGAUGAGAUCAUCACGAUCGUGUGCCGCUAUCCGCCCCCGGUAGCCCCGAUCCCUGCCGGUCUUCCUGCGCCAAUUAUUAACGGACCAGCGGUGAUCGAACCUCCGCUCAAGGGCAUCCAGAUCCUGUUCAUCAUCUGCGCCAUCAUGUUCCUGACGUUGCUGCUGCUUGGUCUCGGCGUGUCCUACUACUGCCUGCGCCGCCGACCGAUUCCGAUUGUCCGGCGUGUCGUCCACGUUGGAAGCGGUUCCGAGAUUACGGCCCUGGAGAGUGGCAGCAUAGGAAGCGUGUCGGGCUUCAAGGUGGCCCGGCCGGUCGUCGCGAUGCCACCGAUCCAGAGUUCGUCCGGCAGCGAGGGCGCCCUCAUACCGUCCGACUACCCGAGCGAGUCGCAGUCGGAGAACGAGGAGGUGGAGACGGGCUCGCUUCCGGUGAGCUCGCGGGGCAGCAGCGCCAGCGCCUACGAGAACGGCGCCUACGUGCACGACGGGCUCAGCCUGGCCUCGGCCGAGCACAUGCAGGCGUACGGGCAGACGCACGAGCUGCACCUGGCCGGCGCCGGGCUGGCCCUCGCGCCCCCCUCGCCCAAGUUCGACAUCCAGGUGCGCGUGAAGCGCUCCCCGCCGCCCCCCUCGAUCCACUCCGGCGGCCUCUCGACGGGCGGCUCGUCCGCGUCCGACACCGAGAGCAACAGCAGCACGCUCGUCAGCCACACCGGCAUCGACCGGAACAACCUGUCGACGAUCCUGGAGACGCAGGAGGACCGGGACAGCGUGAUGACCACCGAGUCGUACCCGGCGUCCGCCGCCGACGGUGGCCACUCCCAGUUUACUUACAUUCCCGAACUGCACACGGCACCCGCGCAUCACCACGACUACCCACCGAGCCCACCGCCGAUGCCACCGGCGGAGCCGGCCUAUAACAUGACGGUGACGACCAUGAGCAACCGACGCUGGUCGGAGGCCCCGGACGGGCCGGCACGCCACGACACGCACUCGCUGACCGAGCUCGUCGACGCGUCGCACCUGUACCAACUGACCGGCACCAACGUCACUAGCCUCACCACCACUAACCGCGCCGAGGACGCGGUGCAGCAGCUGCCCGAGCCGCCGAUCGUGAGCGCCUACAAAAAGCCUGAACUCGUGUCUCACGUUGUAGAUGACCUGUUCCUCACGACCGUGACCGAGCGCACCACGAUCGAGGACGUCGAGCGCCACAAGCGCCUGGUGACGGAGUACAAGGCCCGCCCGGUGCCGCCGCCGCCCGCCGACCCCACCUGGGACGUCACCAUCCGGAACUACGCGACCGAAGCGCAGCGGCAGCGCCAGUGGGAGGACUUCUCCGACGUGUCCAGCGCGUCCGGGGCGCCCUCGGUGCGCAGCGUCGAGCAGCCGCUGGCCGCCAGCAUGCCCGUGCCGUCCUCCACCUACCUGCCGAGCGCGUACGCCGCCGACGAGCUGCGCAGCCCCGAGCUGGUGGGCAACAUGAAGCCGGUCGAGCUGCCGCCCGAGGACCGCUCCGUGUCGAACUGGGACGUGCUGAUCCGGGUGCUGCACGACGUCGAGAUGCCCGACACCUCGAUCUCGACCGCCGCCCUGCACACCGACCUGCACCGCUACCCGCUCCAGCGCCAGCUCAGCUACGACGACAAGAUCAAGUGGAAGGAGAUCAUCACGACCGAGUCGACGUUACGUACGAUGCUCUCGGAGGCAACGGUCCGCGAGGACUUCGAGCGCAUCCGUUCGGACGCACGGUACGAGAACCUGUUCGAGCCACGCUCGUGGGACGUCAUCAUCCGCAUCCUGGCGCCGCCACUGGAGGACGUGGAGCUGCGCCAGUCGAAGCGUAGCAAGAAGCGAGAGACCUGGGACACGCGCUCCCGCCGCAGCUCCCUUCCGACGCUCUACGAGUACGACAGCGACGGCGAUUCGUCGGUGCGCACGAUCACGCAGGAACCGCAGCUGGUGGCCGCCACGUCGCAGGGCGGAUACGGUCCGGCCGGUUCGCUGGCCAGCGGUUCCCGGUCGCGCCGGACCUCCCGCUCGUCCUACAACUCGAACAACAUCGACAUGCGCUCCAUGUCGGAGGUGAUCGUCGACUUUGGGCGGAUGAGCGGAGGCCCCGGCGGUAGCGGUGGCCCAUCGGAAGGUGGCAGCUCCUACAUUGUGGCGCACAACAAGGCCUACUUCGACGAUGACAAUGACGACGAGGAGGAACGCUACGACCAGCGCUCGCUGCAGCGUUCGCUCAGCCAUCCGAGCUUGGCACGUUCGGCCAGCGAGUUCACCGAGCGGUGGAUCAUCCCGGAGGAUAUGGAUCUGCGGAACCAGGACCCGGAUGCCAACAACGGAUCGAUGUACGGAUCCGGGGGCACGCUGGAGGACACCAGAACGACCUACAUCAAGCAGAGCCGCACGACGGUUAGCCGCGAACGGCGCGACAACUGGUAGGCGCCGAGGUGUAGGCCGCCACCGGCAAAAAAAAACAAACGUUGAAUAUCUCAUGUGCCAAGCCGCCGUCCAAUGCUCUUCGAGUAACAGAAACCUUCACUAAACGCUAACACUGCUGCCGGCACUACCACUAUCGAUAAUGUAACACCGUGUAUUGACGGACGAUGGACGCGAGAAACUACUCCUAGCGACACUGCCGUGUGAUGGGAGACGCUUCACUUUCGAAUACGAUAUCCUUUACCCGAAGAUAAGUCAGACUAAAACUGUAUCAUUAACCCAGCCAGAGUGUGCUUCCGAGAGCUUGCGAUGCGUACGGAUAGGAGUAGUGUAGGGGAAUUUUAUUAUUAAGGCUUUUAUACCGUCGGCGGUCCAAGGUGUGCACGGAGAUUGGGCUUUCCGGCGCAAUCGCUACAUGCCUCAGUUUCAUGCCAGAGUACGAGUUGUUCUUUCUGCGCGAAAGUGAUGGCAUUUCGAUGCGAUUGGUUAGGCGAUACAUAAACAAACGAACGAAGCGUUACGAUUGUCAGUGGGCGUAGAAACUAAUAUUUUAAUUUUAACCAAUCAUGGGAUCGAAUCGAGCAAACACAGGAUGCAAUAAACGGAAGAAGAAAAUCGAAAACAAAAAUCACAACUGGUCUAGAUAAGGGCGAGCGCACGCGAGUGUUGCUCAGCUGACUAGAUGCAAUACCUGUGAUAAUCGAAUGAAAUUCUCAAAGUUAAGCUUAAACAAAAAUAUAACCACGCAAGAAACACGUGAAAGGACAUUGCGAAUCACUCAACGCUUGAGAAUUAGCAGUGUGUUUUAUUUCUUUUAUUCGUCAUUUAGCUGCGCAAGCAACCCUUUCCGGUAGUGUUUCUGCCAACGUAGAAUUGCAACUCCUCUCCAUUAUGCUUCUCAAGCGUAGAUCAGGCAAACCCGACAAAAAUGGUACAACAUAGUGGUGGCGGUUCAAUGGGAUAUGAUUUUAUGCUUUCAAACGAAUUACCGCAUUAGAUAUUGAA